AUGUCGAAGACAGGAAAGCAAGCCCCUACAAAUGACGAACUGCUUGCUCAGUUCGAUGACCUUGGUGUCGAUGAUGGAGCCACCCAGGCAGCGGGGGGAGUGCAAGAAAAAUCAGAGCAGGACCUAUUAGCUGAGCUUCAAGACCUUGCUUCUCAAAGACCUCCAACGCCCCGAAUUUCGUCUACUUCAAACAGAUCUCCUAAACGAACAUCUGUGACGACACCACCUCCGGGAAGAUUCAGUGACGAUAAAAGCGCUCCCAGGAAAUCAGGAGAUAGCUCCCGGGCAUAUCAUACCAGCAUUACUCCUCCAGAGACAACUUCGUCGGAGGCAGGGGAUACACCUCCGUCGGAGGAAGCAGGUAAGACCAACGCUGGAGGUGGAGGUGGCUGGUGGGGUGGGAUAUUUGCUACCGCUUCAGCUGCUGUGAAGCAUGCAGAGGCUGCCGUAAAUGAAAUCAGAAAAAACGAGGAAGCUCAAAAGUGGGCUUAUCAAGUUAAAGGCAAUGUUGGAGCCCUUCGAGGUCUUGCCAUGCCCACAUUUACCUCCCUCCUCCAUACUCUAGCUCCUCCUAUUUCCUCUCAUGAGCGGCUCCAAAUUCACAUCACACAUGACCUCUCAGACUACCCCUCGCUCGAUCCAUUAAUUUAUUCAGUCUUCUCUCGGGUAAUGUCCCAGGUCGAAGGAGGUGAUCUGCUCGUCAUCCAACGCGGUCGGGAAUCCGCACCCAAACGUGGCUCAGGUUCUCACAUCGGACACAGCUCUUCAGCUGGCUGGAACGAUGGACCGUGGUGGCGGACGGUGUCUGCAGGAAAACCGCGAUCUAUUUCGGCUAUCAAGGGUGCAACGGUUGGUACAAAGCUUGCCCGAGCAAGUGCAGAAGCUUAUGCCGCAGAAUACUUUUCUACGAGAGGUGGCGUUGAGGAAGCCGCAAAACAAGCGUCUGAAAUUCUAUCAGAGUCGAACCCCGUUCGUACCAGUGACAUAUUCCUUGCCAUCCAGGCGAUUUCUCAGCCCACACCACCAGACCUCUUCCAAUCAGGCCCCAGCGGAGACGAAGAGAAAAUGGCUCAGAAUGUCGUGGAUGUAAAAGAUGAUCUUGAAGAGGAGGUUUUCUUCGCAAUUUAUCUUCACGACCCUAUCCACAGCAUUGCUUUCCAUGCCGUUACACAGGCCGUUCCACAGAAGUGGAUUGACUGGCUUGAUGCCCCCGUCGCCCCACAUAAUCCAGACGACAACCCCGACGGUGUUGUCCGUUCCACCGUUCCAGAAGCGAUUGCGGAAAUCAUUGAGAGCAACGCCGUUGACCCUCGUGAAUGGGUUGCAGAGUGGAUAGAGGAAACUCUGUCUCUUGGUGUUGGCGUCAUUGCACAACGGUACGUCGCGCGGAGAAUGGGUGUGGGUGAAGGUGGUGUUGGUCGAGGAAAGAUGAAGGCAGAACAAGCAACUGCUGUGGAAAGUGGUGCAGGAGAAGCAGCUAGAGCGUUGUAA